AUGCAUAUGGUUGAUAAGAUGCCACCCCUCGCAGCAGCCGCGUCCUCGUCGCGGUGCGCCCCCUUCGCCUGCCGCCCCCGCGGCGCCGAGCAGCGCCAGCGCUCCAGGGGCCUGGAUCACGCGUCAGCACCGGUGCCUGCCGCCGGGCUGGGCCGCGCGGCGGGGGUCGUGGGCGGCGGCAUCGCCGCGGCCUUCUUCGCGUCCCUGGAGCGGUGCGCCUGCGUGGAGGUCCGCACGACCGACGACCUCUCCGACUGCAGCAACAGCGCCAUGGAGGCCGCGCCGCUCAUGGGCGACGGCGGCGGUUCCGGCUGUUCUUGCACUCAUUCUUCCACACCGAGGAAGAAGAGCAAGAGGAAGGCCGGCGCGGGGAAGGGCCCGAGGGGCGGCCAUGGCGGCUUUGGGUGCUGCGAGAGCAUCAAUUAG